AUGGCUGUAAGUACAAUUUACAAUGCACAGGAUACUACUGAAGAAGAUAGUCCUGUAGCUCGUGCUACAAACCGACCUGUCCUGGUGCCGAGAGCUGCCAGACGCUACACGCGAUCUCGGACUUGGUCGUCACUUACGCGCAGGCGACAGCCCGACCAGACCUCUCCUCUACUCGACGUCGUGACCCCCGCUCCUACCGCCGAGAUCCCAGCCGAGCAAGCCCCCGUCGACGCAAGCGACAGCGACAGCGAUGGCAAGAUAAACUGGAAAAGCAAGCUGGCCAUCGAAGCGACUGAGUGCGUGUUUCGUGGCGUCCAUCUCUCUGCUCCUCCCUUCCCGUUCAGACAACGCUGGGAUGCAGCCGCUCGUCACGAGAUAGGCGAGCGAAAGAACAGAGGCAGAAAGCGCAAGAGGAGAGAGUAUGAAGAAUACGACGACGAGGAGUACGAGUACUUUGAUAACGAGAACUUUCAGAGGAUGUACGAUACCAUUGCUGCUGCUCUUGCUACUGUUGCUGCCGCGAAUACCACUGCGCAUCCGACGAAGCGGCGGAAGAAGGCGAUUAAAAAGAAGAAGCAGGGUGGUGCUGCUGCUGGUGAUGGUGUUGCUGGUCCUGGUCCUGCAGGCAGCUCUUGA